AUGGCAGCGGGAGCGUUCGGCCAGGCUUACACCAACCAGCGUAAGGUGGCAGAGGAUGGGGAGACCAAUGAGGAGACGUUGCUGCAGGAGUCAGCUUCAAAGGAGGCCUACUACAUGGGCCGUCUCCUGGUGCUGCAGACCAACGUGACGCUCAGCCGCUCUGUGGCGUCCAACGCCCAGGCUGAGAACGAGAGGCUCAACGCACUCGUGCAGGAACUACGGGAGAGUAACGAGAUGCUGGAGCUACAAAGGAGCCGGAUGAGGGAGGAGGUGAAGGAGUACAAGUUCAGAGAGACCAGGCUGCUUCAGGACUACACCGAGCUGGAGGAGGAGAACAUCACGCUGCAGAAACUGGUAUCUACGCUCAAGCAGAGCCAGGUGGAGUAUGAAGGACUGAAACAUGGGAUCAAAGUCCUCGAGGAGGAGACUGUCCUCCUCAACAGUCAGCUGGAAGAUGCACUACGUCUGAAAGACAUUUCUCAGGGUCAGUUGGAGGAGGCCUUAGAUGCCCUAAAGAGUGAGCGUGAGCAGAAGAACAAUCUGAGGAAGGAGCUGGCCCACCACCUCAGCCUGAGUGACAGUGUCUACGGAGCAGGGGCCCACCUGGCCCUCACCGUCACUGGCGUUGAGGGUCUCAAGUUCCCUGAGGAGACCAACAUCACCAACGGCAGCGCCAUGCCUGCUGCUAACGGCAACAACGAGGACAGCAAUCGUCGCAACGGUCAUGUUCACACAGGCACCGGAUUGGCUAAAAUGAACGGGGAGUACAGACCGGGCUGGAAAGGAGAAGGCCUGCACCCGGUGCCGGACCUGUUCAGUGAACUCAACCUGUCCGAGAUACAGAAGCUCAAACAGCAGCUACUACAGGUGGAGCGUGAGAAGUCGGCGCUGCUCAUGAACCUGCAGGAGUCCCAGACCCAGCUGCAUCACACACAGGGCGCGCUGAGCGAGCAGAACGAGCGCGUCCACCGCCUCAUGGAACACGUCAGCGGCAUGAAAUGUCUGAACGGAGAAAAAGAGCUCGAUGACGCUCAGGAGAGUGAGAAGCCUGAUGGUGGGUCCUCACCACCAGCUAAUGGCCACCGCGACCCCGAUAUCCACGGCUUUGAGAUCCUGGAGUGUAAGUACAAGGUGGCGGUGACGGAGGUGAUCGACCUAAAAGCGGAGCUCAAGGCCCUGAAGGAGAAGUACAACCAGGCUGUGGAGGGGCAGGGAGAGGGCCACAGUGACGACAGGGCCCAGGCACUGAGUGAACAGGAGGUAACCCAUUUGGAGCGUAGUUAUCGGGAAAGCCGUGAGAGGGUUUCGAGCCUGGAGACAGAGUUACGAACAGCCACGAGCACAGCCUCCGAGAGCCAGGGCAUGCUGAACACAGCGCAGGAUGAGCUGGUUACCUUCAGUGAGGAACUGGCGCAGCUCUACCACCACGUCUGUCUGUGCAACAACGAGACGCCCAACCGCGUGAUGCUGGACUACUACCGCCAGAGCCGCAUCACACGCAGCGGCAGCCUCAAAGGCUCUGACGACCACCGGGCUUUGCUCUCUCCUCGCCUGGCUCGACGCCUCGCUGCAGCAUCCGCAGCCUGCUCUUCCUCUGAGCUUCCACGUAGCCCCCUGGACUCCCCAUCCAAAGAUGCCCAUCACAAUGAGAAAACAACCAACCAAGGGGAGUCUACAUCCUGUCACAGCAGCCCCAGUCGCAACCCCAUGGGAUCUCCAUCCAUCAGCAUCUCUCCCUGCCCAUCUCCAGUGCCCUCUGAAGCAGGUGGAGACCUGCGGAAGGAGCCUAUGAAUAUCUACAACCUGAACCCCAUCAUCAGAGAUCAGAUCAAACACCUCCAGAGGGCUGUGGACCGCUCGCUGCAGCUGUCCAGGCAGAGGGCUGCAGCCAGGGAGCUGGCGCCAAUGCUUGACAAGGACAAGGAGCUGUGCAUGGAGGAGAUACUCAAACUGAAGUCGCUGCUCAGUACCAAGAGAGAGCAGAUAGCCACACUCAGGCUGGUGCUGAAGGCCAAUAAACAGACAGCAGAGGGUGCACUGGCAAAUUUGAAGAGCAAGUACGAGAACGAAAAGACGAUGGUGACAGAGACCAUGAUGAAGCUCAGGAACGAGCUGAAGGCUCUGAAAGAAGACGCCGCCACCUUCUCGUCUCUUAGGGCAAUGUUUGCCACAAGAUGUGAUGAAUAUGUUACCCAGCUGGAUGAUAUGCAGAGGCAGCUGUCGGCAGCAGAGGAUGAGAAAAAGACGCUGAACUCCCUCCUGCGCAUGGCCAUCCAGCAGAAACUGGCAUUGACCCAACGGCUGGAGGAUCUGGAGUUCGACCACGAGCAGACUUACCGUGGCCGCGGCGCUAAAGUACCCAGGAUGAAAAGCAGCCCGCCCAAAUUUCUUGUAGAUUGUCAGCAGCCUGCUGCCUCAGUACCGUCAUUCUCCCCUCAACUAAGGCGAGGGAGAGCCUCCCUAGCGCGCAGUCCUAAAUAUUUGGCAGACCUCCAGGAACAACGUGCAGUCCUGUCCAGCAAAAGUAGCCUUCUCUCCCCCUGCGACCCUCAUGUCUGCCUGGCCCAGCACCCCCUGCCCCCCGACACCUAAUCCGCUGCUCCAGGCCAGGGCCAGGGCCCGGUCUUGUAUGAGUCAUGCAGAGACAAAGACACUCUGGAUGGGGGUUCCCUCAGUUUAACUCCCCCCAGCAGUCCCAUCUGGUGCUUACUGACCAAUGUGACCCCACCUAAUCGCUACAUGGUCUGGCUCUCUGCAGGCCUCCUGGUUACCUGGGUCGCAGAAGAAAAGGAUGCUCUUUUCAUCCUGUCCUGGAAAGGACUGAACUGAAGCGCAAAACAAGUGAAAAAUCAUUGGAAUCUUUCCUUAACUAGUUAUUUAUAAUUGAUGUACUCUAUUUAUUAUUUAUUUACAUAUUGAUUUGUGUCAAGAUUCUGAGGUAUUUAUUAUGGAAUGUUUUUUUCUGUAUUUGUUGGUCCGUUUCAAAAUGAAAAUCAUGAGGUGUUUCACUGCUGUUGUGAAGAAUGCAUUAAUCAAAGACGGUUUAGCACAUUUACUUCUGUACAUGGCCGAUAUUCCUUAACAAAGCAAAGUCUAAGCUAAAAAAAGUCAUUAAAACUUGUCUAAUCGUACGAUACAGCAGUUUACAUUGUAGAUUUUGUCAGAAUAAUAGUAAUCAAAACAUAUGUAUGCCAAAUAGGAUUGUAGAGUACAUUUGGUUUUGAAGAUGCAGACAGACUAAUGGAGGGGAAACAAUAUACAAGAGAAUAGUUUAUUGUGGUGGAAUUGGUGAGUGGAUUUCAGCUACCUUUGCAACAUUGCUAGUCUAGAAUGAUUGUGUUUUUUUAUACAAAGAUCUUUUUUUGCAAAUCAUGUGCAUAUAGAAUAUUUUAUACCUCCUAUUAUUUGUAUUUAUUUUUGCAGCAGACUCUAGUGAUAUGGUUGUGAAUGGUAUGUAGCUCAGAUCUAUGCAGGGUCUGGGAUAGAAGAGAGACUGAGUGGUUGAGAUGAAAACUACGGCUGUUGGCCUGGGUUUUUGCCAUUUGAAUUGCACAGUGAACUGAUCUUUUUAAAAUAUUAGUCAAGAGCUGAGGAGUCCCCAAAGGUGUGCCUCUUCUGGAGUUACCGUCACUGUCAUAUCAACAUGAUGUUCCCAUGAAAAAGUAUUCCCUGUCUUCUCUCUUUAAAUAUAUUGGCCAAAAUCCCAGAAACUCUGACCUUUGGUCCCAGCUGUGACAGAAAUGACAUUUUCAAUAUCUGAAUUUAGAUGUGUCCGUCACUGUAACAUCUCCCUUUCCAGCUUUCCUUACUACUCAUUCAAACAGUAUGCAGUACUUCAAGCACAAUUAUGCUCUAUGCAUUAUAGUAGUGCCGGUCGUGGACUGAUCUGAUUUCCAUCACCAUAAACGAAUUAGCAGGCAGACAAGAAUGGCAAGACAGAAUAUCUUUUUGGAAAACAGCUUUGAUCACAGAGGGGCCGAUUCGGACUGAAAUGGAUCUGAUGUGUGACGUUUGUUGCAUAUACAGUUGAAGUCCCAUCUCUUUGUCUUUAUACUCUCAUAAUGUCCUAAUGUUCUCGUUGCACUGAAUACAUAUUUUUGCCAGAUGGAUAUGAAAUGUAUACUACAUAGCCAGUAUUGUGUUGUAAUGCCGGAUAAAAGCAAUUCUGUUACAUCA